AUGCCGCCCAAAAUCUUGAUCUUUGGCACAGGUGGAGUAGGAGCUGGCUAUGCAUACGUCCUGCUACGAAACUUGCCCUCACAAAAUGUUGUGACAGUAUGUAGGUCCAACUACGAUGCUGCCAGUCAGAAUGGCUUCACGAUGGAUUCAACUAUAUGGGGCAAUAAUCUCUCCUUCAAACCUACAGUCGUACGCACUGUCAACGACGCUGUGACACUGGAUAACUCCGUGCCUUUCGACUAUGUUGUCGUCACCUCCAAAGUGUUAAGGGCAGGUCUUUCAAAUCCAGAACUCAUCAAGUCAGCCAUUUCGAGAGAUACUACCAUUGUCCUGCUACAGAACGGAAUUGGCAUCGAAGAUGAAUACACGAGUCUCUAUCCUGACAAUCCCUUGCUCUCAGCCGUUGUCUAUUUCGCUGUCACCCAGACCAGUCCAGCUGUACUCUCUCACUCCGAGAUCGAGCUCAUGCACGUCGGCACAUAUCCUGCAAAUGCCCCUGCUCCCCAUAAAAGAGCUGCGGAAUCUUGGGUUCAGCUCGUGACAGACUGUGGUGCCACCAUCAAACUCCACGACGAUGUUCAGAGUGAGCGGUGGGCCAAGCUUAUGCUGAACGCUCCAAUCAAUCCUCUAUGUGCUCUGACAAGAUCAAGAGAUACCCAAUUCCUGAAUUCUGGAGAUGGCACCUCUGAUUUCAUAAGAGACACCAUAGCCGAGGUCCUAUCAGUCGCUCAUGCUUAUGGCUAUACCCAGCUGAAUCAGCAGCGCAUGGACAAUGUCAUGUACCGCAUGAGCAACCGAGCUCCACCAGGUGUUCAACCUUCAAUGAUGGCAGAUGCGUUAGCCCACCGCAAUAUGGAAGUCGAUGCCAUUGUCGGCAACGUGGUCAGACUUGCUCAGCAAAAGAAUGUCAACGUGCCCAUUCUGAGGACAUUCUAUAUGCUCGUGCGCGCCCUGGAUGAUAGUUUCACUCGGUCGCGGCGGUCGGUAUAA